AUGGCCGCAGCGCAUUGGCCCGCCCGCAAAAUACCCCUCCAUCGCAGCUCGCUCCAAACAACAUCCACACCACACUCGCGACAAGGUGACACACCCGUCAAGCCAGAGAACGAUGAACGGCUAUCGAGGAUCCGCCAGUUUCGAGCAUAUGCCCAGCUCUCCUUACCGCAACAGUCGCCCAACCGCUGGAUUGUGGCCUAUUACAAAGCCGUCGAAUACGGCCGACGCAAAAAAGCCGACUAUCUGCAGCUCACGGGUCAGUUUCUCGAGAAGGAACAAAAGGUCGACAAGGCAAACCAUGUGCUUCGUGAGAGAAAUGGUCAAAUUCUCAAGUUGCAAGCGCAGCUCACGAACCUCAGGUUGAAAGUCAACAAUCGUGACCAGACCAUCCAUGAGCUUGAGAACGAAUUACGAGAACUGAAGUCAACAAAGAAGCAGUCAUGGCAGAGGCAAGUCAACGAAACCACGGCCAGCUCACCCACAGAGCGCCGCCCUUACAUCUUAACCCAUGUUCUUCAUCACAGCGCCGCUGUACGCAAUCAUCCCAGCUAUGAGCAUCCGGAAGCGCCACGCAAGAAUGUGAAGGUCGACUUUUCACGCUUCAUUCCAUGUCUACACUACCCAACUGGCACAGGCAAAGUUGGACCCGGCCAUUACGGCUCCAACGUUCAUUGGGACUUGGGACUCUGUCAAGUUCACUUCCGCACUCCAGGCGUAUGCAAAUACAAAGAGCGUUGCGAGUACCGCGAUGCACCUCUCGAUGUCAAUGAACGCCAAUACAUCCGCUUCUUCGAGCACAAGGGUCCCGCUUUCCUGGCCAGUACUGACGCCAUCCUUGCUGCCAAGCACAGUGCUGCCUAG